AUGUAUACUUCAUCAUUUUUUCCUAUUUCCCUCCUGUUCCUCCAUGUCCAUGGCGGGGCUACUUGGAAAGUCCCCCACCAAGCAUUUGACAACAUCCAGUUACCUCAUGGUCAUCAAGUGCCAUUAAGCGCAGAGAAUGACGAUGAUCUGAAUAUCUAUGGCGCUACAUCGUUUGCCGGGCUGAGAACUUUUGCCAACUUGCCCUUCGUAGAUUGCUUCUCUGACGAGAAUGCGGAGGGUCAUAAGUAUGACAUUGCGGUCUUUGGUGCGUCACACGACACGGUAACUGCAGCUCGCUUCUAUAUACUUUGCAGAGCCAUCAUUUGA